GCAAAGUACGAGAUCGAAUGGAAUCCUGGAAACCUCGGGAAAGAUUGCGCUACCUGGCGUAUGAGGACUGAGCUGCUCCGAGGUAUCGGUCCAGCCGCUAUGGAGACCCCCAGCGAUACCUCCAAAAUCCUGGAGAAGGGUCCGGAGUACCUUCGAAAGCAAAUGGAACUGGAGAGUGAGGUAAAGGGGCCCAUGAGCGCUGUGGAGAGACUGGCCGCCAGCAAAACCAAGUACGUGAAAAGCCAACAGGCGGUCAACUCCGCUCAGGAGCCGCCGAUCAGCCUGCCUUCCGACUGCAGCACCUCGAACGUUUCGUCCGACCGGAGCUCGAUGCGUCUCCGAGGGUCUCGGCAGAGCAGCUCCCCGGUGCGGGUACGGCGCUGCGGCUCCAAAAAGCGACCCGACUCCAUCCUGCUUUACAGGCAGAAAUGUGAACUACUGAGAGCGCCCGGGAGUGACCGCAAGCAUCAUAUAACGCGGAAAUUGCUCCGGAGCUCUGCGAAAAAAACAACGGCCUUACCUGAGGCGGCAGAAAAGGACUCUGAGCCCGAGGGCGGGGAGGAAGAACUCGGCACACCUGAGGAAUCCGCGAGGGAAUACUGCUCAAGGGCGAGGACACCAACGCUUGACAGAAGGCAGAAUGGAGCUAGCAAAAUCCUCGAUAUUGGUCAUUCCGCUAAUCUGCUGAAAGUUCCCGUCAGGAGGGGCAGAGGGGUGGGUCGAUCCCGCUCGGACAUCAGCUCCAGGUACUCCAAGAACUUUGCCGACUUUGACGCCUUCUUCAAGUACUGCGGCCUGGACGGGGAGGUCAUCGAGUCUCUGGGCAAGGAGAACUUCUCGGCGCGCUCGGACGAGACGGCCGUCGGGCUGCGCAGCGUCAGCGUGUCCACGUCGGACGGCGGCUUCUCCCGCAACAGCGACGACAGCGACGGCCUGCAGGAGGAUGUCCUGCGCGAGAAGAUCCGCCAGGGUUCGUCGGUCAUCGAGCGGAAUGCGAGGAUUAUCAAAUGGCUGUACAGCUGCAAGAAUGCCAAGGAGAGUGGGAAAAAGUUGAGAGACCUGGACUGAAAUCCAUCCGCUCGUCCAUUUUCGACACCGCUUGUCCUCGUUAGGGUCGCGGGUAAACCGGAGCCUUCCAAGCAGACUUCGGGCGAAAGGCGGGAUACACGCAGGACUGUCGCCAGGGUUAGGGUCUGGACUGAAAUCAGUACUUUCUACUUCUGACUUCUAAUCAUGACUGUUGAGCAGAUAUGGAAUUUAUUUGAUUUGAUUACUUUUUGAGUCCGGAUAGUCACGGACAGACAAACAAAAAACAAAAUACACGGGGGGGGGCACACUGCAAUUUGUGUCAUUUUUAUUAGAGGAAUGAAUGUUUUCUUUUCAAAUCGUCUGCGGUCCCGUCAUCUCACGUUGUCCGCCACGAACCGGGAAGUUUUCACCGCUCGCCACCAAACUGGGUGGCCUCGUCGAGCAUAACGGGAUGCACGAAGAAGCAAGUCGACCAUUUUGCUUGGAAGCGGCCAUCCCCGGCCAAUACGGGGGCUCGUACGAACUUUGACGAACUCCGACCAGGGAAUUCGUUCAAACAAGCCCCGAGCGUGGUUCAGGUAGCCAAACGGGCACCGCAACGUUUUGAAGCGGCCUCACCUCCGCCAUCUUAUGUGGCACGGCGAGGAGUUGACAUGCGGUUCUGUCGUCUUACAGUCCUUCCACUCCUGUAUGUGUGUGUGUGCCCGUGUGCCAAUGUUGUCGCCGGCGCCCACUGAAGAAUCUUGAAUGGCGUCCGAUUCUGAAGCAACGUCUCCGCUCAAACUUGCGCCGAGCUCGCUGACUCACUGCGUUUGUGUCGUAAGGAACUCGCUUGGACGCGUGCGACACAAAGAAGCUGCUUGUUCAUCUAAAUGCGGUGUAACAUUAUCACACUAGGCUGCAUGUCUGGCUGCAUUGUCUCUCCGCCACUCCCGUCCUCGGUCUCUAAGCCAGGAUUGUUCUUCGGGAAAGGUUGUAAUCAGGGGGGUGCUGGCGAAACUGGAUUUGUCUCCCACUUUGUCUGUGCACACUGGACACGUUUUAGAGGUCUGACUGACAUCCCUGACAAGUCAUGUCCUGCUUGUAAGCGAGAGUUCAAAUGUACCACCCCCAAGGUAUUUUUUUCUUUUUACUGCUGCUUCCUUGUUGCGUCACUUUGUUUGUAUAAAAGGGAAACAAAAGGCUAUUAUAGUUCACUGAUUAAACUAAAUUGUAGCUUGAAAAUAAUUUACUAGUGCUUUAUGAGUACUCAUUCUUGACUCCAGAGACCAUUUCAGUUUUUAAUCUGUGAAUUGUUUUCGUGUAAUGUUUUGGGCUUCUUAUAGCAGUUUCUUUAGUGUUUUAUUUCAUUUUUGAAUUAAUAAAAUGUCCUUGACGUCUUAUAAUGGC